AUGAAGAUUACGCUUGUUUUGCUAGCUGCCUUGAGUUGUCUUGUAUGUGCGAAUAGAGAUGGGAGGCGAACAAGUACAAAUGGCCUAACACGACCAGAUUGGGCAGGGCGUGGUAGGCUGGCCAUACGCGGACCGAUAAGAGAACCUCUUGGAAGUGGGGGCCGAUUGAGCGGGUCAGGGCCUACAGCAAGAGGACAACGACAGGGUCUACGAGGACCUAGAAGAGGACAAAGACAGGGCGGGCGAGGAUCUACAAGAGGACAAAGACCGGGUGGUCGAGGACCUACAGCAAGAGUACAAAGACCCGGUAGACGAGGACCUCCAUCAUGGGUACGGCGAAGACCAGGAGCGAGUGGUGGCCGUCCACUUGGACGAGGAGGGCUAAUGAGAAAUCCAAUGAUUGCCGCGCUUGGAGGUGGCGUCGAACGACGACAGUGGUUUCGCAUGGUGGACGACAACAUCACCGUGAGAGAGUUAGCUCAGUUCAACAGGACAGAGGAAUUCAUUACCUUAGCUUCAUUCGGCAGAGCUCUCAGGAAUUCUAACAUCUCAUCCGCCUUUUCAGCUUAUGAUUUUCCAAACGGUGUGGCUGCAGCUCGUGUGAGGAUUAACGACACCAAAGUCUGUCUGGUGUUCCCCAUCUCAGACUUCAGUGCAGCCAUCAACUCUAUCUCAGCCAGAAAUACAUCGGAGCUAGUAUCAACCCCAGAUAACGAUGACGAAUACACGAUGAAAACGGAUGACAAGAUGACAGAUGCGGAGUUGGCGGCUUUCAACACAACUUCACCAAACCUGUACCAGAUCUGCCAGGGACGACGAACUGCACCACCCAUCAUCAUCGACACCACGACUGCAGUUCAAACUGGUGAUGACGUAACAGAUCUGGACCCCGUGACGUUCUUGUCUAUCAGUGGCAAAGUUACAGUCUACCUCAAGUCUACCUUAUCUCUGUAA